AUGGCUUUUGAAAUUAAUAAAAUAAUAUUUUUGUUGUUUUUAUUUGUUUAUUGUUCAAUUUCUGUUGAAAAUGAAAUGAGGGAAGAUUCAACACCACUUUUGUGGAUUUUUGAUGAUAAGGGGUUAUUACGAAAAGAUUCUGUUAUUGGUACACCAAUACAAUUUGAUGGGCCAAUUAAAGUUAAUCCUUUAUUAAAAGAACAAAAUCAGCAACAAUUAAUUAAUGUUUUUGUUUAUGAACCUUUUCUACUUCGAAAAUAUUUUAAUAUUUCCCCUUCAACACCUCUUCGAUCAGGACAAUCUUUUAAAUUAAUUCUUGCCCAACAAUUAAAACAAUAUAUGGAUGUUGAUUAUUUAAAUAUAACAUUACAAGCACAAUUAAUUGAAAAUAAUAAUCAAACUUCACAACUUCGAGUAGAACAAAAAGAAUUACAAAUUAAAUUAAUUGAGGAAGAAAAUAAAAAUAAUUAUGAAGAGGAAGGGAAAGAAAAUAAUAUUUUAAUUGCUAAAAAGGAUUGCAAUAAAAUUAGAUUAAUUAAUAUUCCCCAAAAUAUUUUCAAAAAUACUUCUUCAUUUAAACUUUUUGGAUUAAUGGCUGAAAAUUUUUCAACAAUUUUCCAAGAAAAUUCUUCAGAAUUAAUUAUUUCUUUUAAAAACAAUUCUUUUGAAUGUUUUCCUUUUAAUUUAAAAAAUAAUAUUCAAUUAUUUAUUGAAAAUGAGGGAGAUUUUGGUAUUUCAAAACAAAAUGUUUUUAAAAUAAUUGAAGAAGACGAAGGAGGAAAGGGAAAGAAAGAAAGUUUAAAUUAUUCUUUUAUUAAAAAACAAUUUAAUAUCCAAAUAAUUUCUUCAAAACAACAACUCCCAACAAUUUCCCCUCCAACAACAAUUUUAAUUUCUUUUAUUCACCCAAUAAUUGAAAAUAAAAUAAAUUUAUUUGAAUUUUUUAUUGAAGAAAAUGAGAAAAAUAAAAAUUUAAAAAAUUUUUUGGAAAUAAAUAGAAGGAGUGGGGCUGUGAUUUUUAAGGAUUUAAAUGUUGGGAUUGAAGAAUUGGGAAAGAAUGAAGGAGGAAGUAUUGAAUUUAAUGUUAUUUUAAAAAGUAUUUCUUCUUCAAUUAUUUAUGAUAAAGCUUUAAUUAUAUUAAAAUUAAAAGAAGAAAAAGGAGGGAGAGAAGGGGAAGUAGACAAUAAAAAUGAGAUAUUUUAUUUUUUUGAAAGGCCAAUUUAUGCAUUUGCUGUUGAUCCUUUUAAUAUAAAUAAUUAUUUUAAAGGAAGAAAACUUUUAAUUGGCCAUUUAAAUUAUUUAAAUAAAACAAAAAUAAAAGAAAAUAAAAAUACAAAUAAUUAUUUAAAACCUAAAUUUGUACUUUCUGAAGGAGGGGAAGGGUUUUUUAAUUUUGAAAGAGAAGGAGGAGGAAAUUCUGGAAUGUUAAUAUAUAAUGGACCUAUUGGACAGUUUAAUAGAAAUUAUACUUUAAAGGUCCUUUUACUUUCUGAUCAUUUCAUUGACUCUGCAUUAAUUCAUGUUCUAAUACCUGGAAUUGGCUCUUCUUCCCCAACAUUUCAAAUGCCUUUUCAAAGAAUUAUUGUUCACAAAUAUGGAAAAGAUAUCAAAAAUGAUGAGAUAAUAACUGAAAAUAAUAGUUUAUUUACAUUAUCUGCAGAAGAUUCAGAUCCAGAUGCUCGUUUAAUUUAUGAAUUGGGAUUGGCUGAAUGUCAGACAAUUUCUGGUAUUUUAAUGAAAGAAGAGGAGGAAUGUUUUGAAUUAUUUUCUUUAUCCCCAAAUGGAACAACUGGCCAAUGGAUACUUUCUUUGGUUGAAAAAGAAGAAGAAAAUGAAAAUAAAGAAAAAAUUGAAUUAGAAAAUAAUUUAGGAGAGGCAUUAUUAAAUAUUUCCGUGAGGGAUGAAGCACAUCCUCUGGAAUCUAGUGGUUCUACACUUGUUUUACUUAAAUUUAUUCAACAAAAUGAAAACCAAAUAAUUAAUAAUUCUGAAAAUAUUAAUUUAAAUAAUAAUUUAACAACUAAAAAAGAAGAAUAUUUUCCUCCAAUUUUAUUAAAAAUAAAAGAUUCAACUCCAAUUAAUUCUGUUAUUUAUUCUUUUGGAAUUAACAAUAAUAAACAAAAAUUAUUUUAUUUUUUAUCUGGAUUAAAAAAUAAAUAUUUUUUUAUUGACAAAGAAAAUGCAAUUUUGUCUGUUGUUUUCCCUCUUAAAAAUAUUGGAAAUUCUUCUCAAAAUUUAACUAUCCAAAUAUUUAAUUCUUUAAAUUCAACUUUAUAUACAAAAAUACCUUUUUCAAUUCAAAUAAUUUCUGAAGAAAAAGAAAAAGAUUUUUUAAAUAAAGAAAAUAAUAAUUAUUUUUUAAAAGAAGAAGAAAAUUUAAAUAAAUUUGGAAAUUUAACUAAAAAAUUAUUUUUAAUUAAAAAAGAAAAAGAAGAAAAUGAAUUUAUUGAAUUACCUUUAAAUUAUCAAAAUACUUCUAAUAUUUCUUUUGAUUAUUUAUAUCAAACAAUAAUUAAUAGCACCACAACAACUUCCAACAACAAUAACAAAUUAAUUCAAAAUGUUAUUCCUUCCUUAUUUUUUAUUCAAACUGAAAAUAUUGAUAACAAUAUAUCUACAAUAUUUCCGUUUACAUUUCCUUCAAAUUUUGAAAAUAAAUUUAAUUUAAAUACCAACAACAUUUCAACAACAAAUACAACUCCAAUACCAAAUAUUUCAAUAAUUCCAUUACCCGAAAAUUCUCCUAUUGGAACUUAUAUUCUUUCUAUAGAUUUUAAUUUCCCUCCUUCAAAACCUUUUAUUAAAUCUUUGUCUAAUUCUUCAAUAUCUUUUGGAAUUGAACGUCGAACAAUAAAUUCUUUAGUUAUUCGAACAAAUCAAUCAUUAUUAUUAAAAGAAAAUCAAAAUAAAGAAGAAGAAUUACUUUUUCCUCUAAAUUUUGCUUUAAUUUCAAUUUUUGAAAACAAAGAAAUUUUAUUAUAUAAAUUUUCUAUUCAAAUAAUUUCAAUUUCUAAUUGCCAACCUCUUUUAAAUGAAAGUCAACAAUUAUAUUUUAAUUUAAAUGAACAAGAAUUAAUUUCUUCUUCCCAACAAUUAAUUCCAAUUACUUCAAUUUCUGCAAAUAUAAAUUUAAAAGCUAAAGGAUGUCAACAAAUUAAUUAUUAUUUAGAAUUAAAAAAUAAAGAAGAAAAUAUUUUAAUUAAUUUAAAUAACCAAACUGGAUUAAUUUCAAUUUCUUUAUUAAAUAAUUUAAAAGAAAAUAAUAAACAAAUUUUUUUAAUUUGUUGGGCACAAAGUGGAAUAUUUAUUUCUUCAAAAAUUCUUUUAAUUAUUCAAAUAAAUAAAAAUAAAAUAAUUAAAAAUAAUUUUAAAAUUCCAAAUAAUGGAGGAAUUUCUCCUUUAAUUUUACAAAUUAAUGAAGGAAUUGAAAAAGGAAGUUUAUUGACAACAAUUAAAAAUAAUGGAAAUAAUAAUUAUUUUAUUAAAGAAGAAGAAGGAGAAGAAAAUAAAGAAAAAUUAAUUGAAAUUAAUAAAAAUAAUGGAGAGAUCAGAACUUUACGUGAAAUUGAUUUUGAAGAAUUUGGAGAAGGAAAUUUACCUUUACGGUUUUUAAUAAUUAACGAAAAUAAUUUGGAUGGAGAGGAAAGGAAUGAUGGAAAUUUGGAAUUGUUAAUUAAUAUAAAUAAUUUGUUUGUUUAUUUAAAAAUUAUUUCAAUUUUAAAAUUUAGAAAUGAUAAUAAUCCAAUAUUUGAAAGAAAAUAUUUUAAUUUUGUGUUAGAAAGGGAUAUUGUUUAUGUUGGGUAUAUUAUUGGACAAAUAAAUGCUUUUGAUAAAGAAAUAAAUGAUCAAAUAAUUUAUUCAAUAAUUUCUUGUAAUUACUCAUUUUCUCGUUUAUCUCGCCAAAUAAACCCUCCAAAUAAAAUAUUUUCUUUGGAUUCUCAAAAUGGAAUUAUUUCUUUAAAUUCCCCAGUGGAGGACUUUUCACCUGGAAGUUUAUUUAGUUUGGAAUUGUCGGCAGAGAAUUUGGACGGGAGAAAAGCUGAUUUUAAUUCUUUUGCUUAUAUUUGGAUUGUUGAAAGUACAAAUAUUAUUUCUAUUUUGGUUGAUAAAAGUCCUGUAGAAUUAAAUAAUUUAAAAGUUUUGGAAUAUUUAAAGUUAUUAAACGAAGCAAUUUCUCCUUUAAAUUUACUUUUACAAGAAAUUCGUUAUAAACCGGUAACAGAUUUGGAUGGAAUACCUGCUAGAAAAUCAGCACUUUUACAAACAAUAUUCUUUAAUGGAACUAAAUUAAUUAAUUAUUUUGAAAUUGAGAAAAUUGUUAAAGAUUUGGAUAUUGAGGGAUUAAUUGGCUUUGAAAGGGUAUGUUGUAAUUGA